AUGCUCUUGGGUUUGCUGCUUUUGUCGAUCGCUGCCAUCGAGCGGCAACGGACCUAUUUGGGCGCGGUGCUCUUUUGCUUGCUGCUGUGCAUGAAGCACAUUUUCCUUUACGUCUCGCCGGUCUUCUUCGUCUACCUCUUGCGCUUCCACUGCGACAUGAGUUUCUGGCCCUUCCGCUUACGCUUCGGGCGCCUGCUGCGCUUGGGCUUGGUGGUGCUCGGAAGCUUCCUCGACGCUUGGGCGGAGACAACGGUGGAGCGGAGUGGCAUGGCCUGUGGAGGUGGAGCCUCCUGCUGGCCGGGCUUUUUUCUUUUCCCAUAUUGGCUCGCCCUUGUCUUUUCUCCUUUGGUUCCGUUUGGCUUGGUUGCGCUGCUCCUGAGCUGUCUCCUUGGCUGCGACUUCCUGGAAACGGCGCGGGCGUCGGCGGGCGGGCGGCGGUUAGCCUUUGUUUGUUUGUGGCGAGACUCACGGUCCUUAUCCUUGAACCAUAAGGAUCGUCUAGACUUGGCCAACGAAGCGGCAAAGGAGCAAGAGAUUGCCAACUGGAAGCUCAAGUCACCCUUUCAGGUGCUCCUGGCGCCCUUCUUGUCACCAGUGCAGAUGCCACAGCUCCUGAAGCGUUUGUUCCCCUUUGGCCGCGGUUUGACGCACGCCUACUGGGCACCGAGCCUGGGUUUUUGCACCGAUUUGGGCGGAGAUGGCAGUUGGGUCGACCAGGGCUGGGGAUUUCUUCCAGGGCGUAAAGAUAGUGAGAGCUAG